AUGAGUACAGUCACUACCAAUACUAAAAUACAAAAUGAUACUGAUGCUUCUCUUCGUACAUUAUUAAUUCGAUCCAUCACUCAUGGUUCAUUUGGAUCUGGUAAAGUAAGAACACAUGAUCGAUUGGCAUAUAUGGGACAAUAUGUGUUGGAUAUGGUCUUGACAGAAAUUAUUUCACACAAAUAUAUGAGUCAUGUUAGAAAUUUCAAUAUUGAAAUGAUGACUGGUACUACUACUACCACAAAUACCACAAAUACAAAUACUACUACUACUACUACCACAAAUACCACAACACAACAACAACAUCAUCAUCACCACUCUCACAAUCAUCCAACAUUUUGA